AAACCUUUUGUUUUUCAAUGUUGGUAAAUUCGAUGGGAACAAUUUUAGAUGGAUACCUAGUGGAGAGUACAUACAAAUGAGUGGCCGUGCUGGUUGUCGAGGUAUUGACGAACAAGGAAUAUGCAUUCUAAUGGUAGAUGAAAAGUUGGAGCCUUCUACCGCUAAAUUAAUGCUUAAAGGAAGUGCUGAUAGUUUGAACGGGAUCUCAGAUAGAUGGACUGGUUUAAUGGUGACGACAUGUACUCUUAUGAGGUGGCUUGACUUCUGAUGGGUCAGAAGGUUUCAGUUGUUUUAGUCAACCAAGUUCUGUUUCUGAAGAAUGGCUUCUUUGAGGGGGGUGUCUGUACUUGUAAAACCAUAAAGCAUAUACAUUGCAAAAUAAAAUGAUUUUUUUUAC